AUGGGAGAAAAAGAAUUAAAUGUAACUAACACAAAUAUUACGCUAUGUGCAUAUAACUGUCAAAGCUUUAAAUCGAAUUCAUAUUAUAUUUCUAAGUUGUUAAAGUCUUUCGAUAUUAUUUUUAUAUCAGAACAUUGGCUUUUAAAUAUUGAGAGUUUUUUGUUAAAUAACAUUGCAUUACUAACACACAAAGUUUUUUUUCAUGCGGCAGAAAAAAAUACACACGGUAGACCAUAUGGAGGAAAUGCUUUUAUGGUACGAAAAAAACUGUCGUCUUUUUACAUAAUACAUGAAGAUGAAAACAUUCUUGCUAUUAAAGGCACACUUAACAAUCGUAACUUAAUUUUUAUUGGUGUUUACCUUUCAUCUUGUCGUAAUAAUAACGAAUCAUACGCAAAAUACUCUUCUCAGUUACAAACAAUCACUUCAAUAAUGAACAACUAUGAGGAUGAAGGAGAAUGUAUUAUUUCCGGAGACUUUCAGUCAUUUCCAUAUAAAAUAUAUGAUUCAGAGCUUCGUAAAAACAAAACUAGGAACAAUUUCUCAAAACAUCUCACUAAUUUUAUUGAAUCAAAUCAGCUCGCUUUUGUCGAUAUAAUCAACGGUGCUGGGCCUACUUAUACCUAUCAACAUAAAACUCUUUCUAAUUCUUCUUACAUUGACCAUAUUGCAUCCUAUAAACAGACAGAACUAUGUUUUACAAACUGUCAAGUUAUGCAAUCUUCACCGCUUAACCUUAGUGAUCACCUUCCGGUGUCUACGAAUAUUAACUUUGAAGGUACCGGCUUAUCACACGAAAUAAAUAAUAUAAUGCAAAAAUAUAAUUCAAUACCAAAACAUGCAUGGAAUAACGAAAGGUUUAUUGACUUUUAUAAUCUCAAUCUAUCAAAAGCAUUUACUAGUUACGCAUUUAAGGAAGAUAAAAUAGAAGAAGAAAUUCAAAAAACAUGCUUAUAUAUAAAAAAUGCAGCUCUCUUGGCAGUUAAACAAUGUUUCGGACAAAAAGAAUUUUAUAAGUACUCGAAACCUUGGUGGACACCUGAGCUUAAAAAAAUUAAAGAUAAUCUCUCCUUUCACUUUAGACAAUGGCAAAAAUCAGGUUAUAAUAAGUCAACAGAAUGUAUAUCCUACAAAAGAUUUAUUUAUUCCCGAAAAAACUUUCGUAAAGCUAAAAAAAACGAAAUCGUCGAAGAAUUUAGUCAUCAUUUCCAAAAACUACUUAAUACACCGCAAUAUACAAAUAACGAGUUCAAUCCUCUCCAAAUUCCACAUUUAAGUAAAGAGCCUAAUUCAAAAGUUAUCUCGACAGCUGAUAUUGAAAAAUGUAUUUUAAAGCUUAAAAAUAAUAAAUCUUACGAUUGCUAUGAAAUCAGUGCUGAACAUCUUAAAAACUCUCACAACAAGAAUCUUCUUAUUUUACUUUCGUCGUUUUAUAACAAUAUGUUAACAAAUGGAAAGGUUCCACACGGUUUAUCAACCGCCAAAAUUAUCCCAUUAGUCAAGUCUUAUAAAACAUCACUAGAAAAUCCAAAUAACUAUCGAGGAAUCAGCAUUAUACCAAUUUUUACAAAACUUCUCGAAUAUCUUAUCAUACACAUAUGUCCAGAUAUAACAGAAAGUCAUUCCCAUCAAUUCGGUUUUAAAGAAAACAGCUCUACCCUCCACGCAGAAUUUCUUCUGAGUGAAACAAUAAAGCACUAUAAUCAUAAUAACUCACCGCUAUAUAUAUGCAGUCUAGACGCCAACAAAGCUUUUGACAGUUGUAAUUGGGAAUUACUAUUCGAGAAACUCUAUUACCAGAAAAAAAUCCCAUUAUCUAUAGUUCAUACAAUAUUAUCACUAUAUCAAACAGGAACUUCUAAUAUAUCAUAUCUUGGAUGUACAUCAAACAAAUUUAGACUGUCUCAGGGAGUGCGUCAAGGAUCCAUACUGUCGCCUCAUCUCUACAAUAUCUACACAGAGAACCUUCUAGAGAAAAUUGUUUCAGAAUCAAAAGUUGGAACUUCAAUAAAUGGUAUAUACACAGGUAUCAUUGCAUAUGCUGAUGAUAUAGUUUUACAAAGUUCCACUAUAUCUGGUCUUCAGAGCCUUAUUAACAUUGUUCAAAAGUAUGGACUAUCGAACUUUAUUAAACUGAAUACAGAAAAAACUGAAUUUCUAAUAUCUGGAAUAAGUUCGAUUUUAAUUAACGUUAUUUAUAUUAACGGUGAUCCUAUCAAGCCUCAAAACAAUCUAAAACAUCUUGGUCUUAUAAGAAAUGGACUUCGCUUUUGCCAGCCUGCUACCAUAGUUCAUUUAUUUAAUUCUUUAGCUGUUCCAACGUUGUUAUACGGAUUAGAACUGUGUGGAAGCAGCAAUAAGUUUCUAAAUAGCAUUGAUAUAGCUGGACGAUCUGUCUUAAAAUCCUUCUUUAAUAUUUCAAAGCAAAGUAGAAAUUAUCUACAUUCUUAUUUCAAAGUAGACGCUGUGUCAGACAUUCUUUUUCGCAACAAGUUAAAUCUAUUUAUCAGGCUUUUAAACAACCCCAUAUGUUACUCGAUUAUACGGACUCAGAUGCCUUUAAUGAAUCAACGAUCAUUUGUGGGUGAGGUAAUGAUAAUGUGUAAGAAAGCUGAUAUAAACAUGCUCCAAUUUAUGAUCGAGGGUAAGAAAAUUAUAAUUGCACGCCCUCAGGAAGCAUUGGAGGCCAAUGUUGCGGCGAUCUUAAAACAAUCGUUCCAACACUGGAAUUUAAAGGAACAAAGAGAAGUAUUUAGAACGCUGAUGGAGGAAAACAUUCCAAGAACGAUGCAAGAAAAUACUUAA